CAACACUGUUUAGCAAAGAAGCCUACGACUAACAGUAGUUUAAUGGGACUAUUUUCGUAGUUUAUUUAUUUGGAUUAGCGGUUAUUGACGCCAUCUUCAGAGAUUGUUCGCCAAACGCCACCAAUCGCCGUUCAUACGUCGCUGGCAGUGAACGGAACGAAGUGCCGUCGUAUAGAUCUCUGGCUGGUCGUGUCUGGCUGAAAAUAGUGAACGAAGUAUGAGUUUUCGAAAUAUGUUCGAAUAAAAAAGUGAACAGUGACUAGUGAGUGACUGUCAUCUAGCAAGAUGGUUGAUGACGUGAAAGAUAUUACGGAAAAAGCUGAAAGUAAAGAGGCCCUAGACCGAGCGAGACUGGCGCGUGAGCGUCGCGAGGCCGAACAGAGGAAGCGACUAGACGAGCUCAGAGCUCACGCAGCGGCCGCACAAGCCCAGAGAGAGAAACGAGACGAAGACAGGCGCAAGCGGCAGGCGGACCAGCGCGCCAGAGACGAUGACCGGCGGACACAGAAGAGAGAUGAGGAGCAGUGUCAGCGGCAUUUGGGACAGCACGCUAAAGAGGACGAUAGGCGAAUACAGGUAGAAGAACGAAAACGCGCGAUAUGGGAGGCGUCGAUCUCCCGUCGAGAGGCGCUGUUACAGCGCGAGCGCGAUCGAACAGAGCGGUUGGAACGAGCGCGAGCCGCUCGCUCGGCGCCGAGGCCUGCGUUCGCGUUCGGCUCGUCGACACCUCGCCUGCUCGAACCAGUAGACUCGGCUGGCUUCUUUUGGGCCGCGCGCAGUACCAACCCCAUAGAUCAGAUGAACUUUUUUGAAUCGCUGGCGGCAUCAACAACGAAUGUGAUGUACGCGUCUGCGCCGCUCACGAGACGCGCGUCCGCACUGCAGCUCGACUCGUCGGACACUGAUAAUAAAGACGAACCCGACCGCUCCCCGCAGCCGAUGUGGUCGUCCGUGGCCCGCAGGCGCACUGACCUGGUGCCCACGCUGCCCGCCCCCCGCGCGCCAGGUAGGGCCUACUCCAUGACGCGGCUGGACAAGAUCCCCUCGGCGCGCCCGCUGCACUCGGCCUCGCCGUCCAUGCACCACCUAAACAGGAGCCAAACCAGAUCGGGCGAGACAACGCCCGGCUCCCGGCCCGGCAGCGCGAUGUCGAACGCGACUGGCGUGGUACGGAGGGCUUCAUCCGCACCUCGGAAGCCGCGGCCCGCCUCUAUAGCCGGUACGGGUGUUAACACGCCGCGAGGUCCAGACACAGGAGCGAACAGUGUUUCCACAACGCCAUCUGUGUCGCGGGAUGCGACCACGGUGAUUAGCAGGCCGGCGACCACGCCGCGUCGUCCGAGACCUUUGUCGCUGCACGUGUCGUCCAAACCAGCUACACCGGUCGCUCCAGGCGAAGGCAAACCGCCGCUACACAGAAAGCCAAAGCCAUCCAAAGAUCAUGAUAAGUCACGCGGCAAGUCGCUGUCAGCAUCCCCGGGUCGCACGCUGUCUCCGUCGCCGGGAGUCUCUAAGGAUCCCAGCGUUGAUAAGGAGAUACCGAAGAGCGUACCACAACCGGUGCUGGUUAAAAACCAAGUGAACGCCAUCGAGGUGACGCAGAAACUGGAAGCGUUGCGAAUCGAUGACCGACAGCAAAUAAGCGAAAUUAAAGAGUCUGCAGAGGUUAAGCCCGAAACGAAUAACGAACAGAAGGUAGAUAAGAAACCAAUAGACGUACAGAAGCGAGUCGAGAAGGAGACAGAAGAGAUACAGAAGCCAACCGAGAAGCCGACAGAAGAGAAACGAGAAGAGAAGAAGGAGUCGUCGGUGGAAAAGACUGAAGAUAACGAAAUGACCGCAUCAAUGGUUGCCCGUCGUAUAACGACCGAGGUGGAGGCGAAAGCGGCCCUCGCUGAGAGGAGAAGACGUGCCAGAGAGGAACUAGAAAAACAGGCAGAACUUGAGAGGCAGCGAUUGCAACGUGAAGCAGAAGAAGAAGCAGAAAGGCAACGUCAAGAAGAAGAAAGACAGAGGCGCGAAGAAAUUGAAGCGAGAGAACUUGCCGCCUUGCAGCGGAAAAUGGAAGAAGAGAAACUAAGGAAGGCCAUUGAGGCACAACAGCAAUUCGAAAAAGAAGAAGCCGAGCGUCGCGUGAGAGAAGAAGAAGAAAAGAAAUUAAAGGUCAAGGAAGAAGAAGAAAGGCGGAAAGCGGCCGACGAGGCGGAGAAAUUGAAACGAGAAGAGGCGGAGAAGGAAGAACGUGAACGACUCGCUAGAAAGCAGAGAGUAGAAGCUAUUAUGGCAAGAACGCGCUUGAAGAAGCAAGCGGAAGAAGAAAAGAAAAAUCAAGAAACAACGCAACAUCAAAAUCAAACAGCCCCUGAAAAUAACACAGCAGCAGAACCAACCAAGGAUAAUGUAGAUAGUGCUACAACAAAUGAAAAUGGAUCAUCCCUAAACAACAAUACAGAGAAUUCUAAAAGUGCAACACUAGAAACGAAAAUGGAAAGUGUAACACUUGAAACGAACGCCGAUAGUGCACUUGUAAAUACAGCGCAAGAAAGUGCGCCCCUAGUGAAUUUCGCACAAGAUAGUGCGAAGUCUGAAAAUAAUGUGUCGCUCUUUAGUGAUGAUAGUGCAAAGUCGGAUGUAGUCGGUAGUUUAGAGAGUGCAUCGUCAGUCAGUGAUAGUGCGUCCAUAGUGACUGUUAGAGAGAACGUGAAUGUGAAUUUGCCGGUGUCAGUGGAAAUCGCGGUGGAUAACAGCAACGGCAAUAUGCAGACGUCGGAUUUGUUGCAGCUUGCCCCUAGUCAGCCUGAAGAUACAAAAAGCCAGUCACCGGCCCCCCUUGAGCCUGUGACCAACAACGGUAACAUCACUGCCGACCUGCUUGGACUGUCCCAACAACAUGAGACGAAGGACAAACAAGAGGAGCAGACUACAAAAAUGGACAACACGCCAAUAUUGGAAGCCAACAACGGCAAUCCCAACGUUGGCCACAUAUCCGCCAACUUCAUACAAACUGAACGCAUGGCCGAGGUGAACAACAAGCUCGACGACUUCACGACGCACAACGGACACAACCAUCCGCUGACGCUGCAGAACGCGAUCUAGCUGGGCCACGACCUCGUCGCGGGAGCGGUAGCUUAACGCCCGGGCCACAGCCUUGUUGCGUGAGCGACACGUUACAAAAACAAAUGUAUAGAAACAAGUUGACGCAACUCCAUAAGAUAUGCUAUUUUAAUUUUCAUAUUGCGUAUUCUUGGUCCGUGUAAAAAGUUAAAUGAGACGAUCUUGACAGUCAAUCCACUUUAUCUGUAUUUUUUUAAAUGAAAAAAUUGUGGAAAAUAUGAAUAAUAAACGUAACGGUAUUCGAGCGGGCGUAUUGCUCUGUUGCAUAAUAUAUUUAACCAGAUGUCAAAAGUAUAUAUAUGCUCCAAAAUAUAUUCAGUAACAUAUAAUGCAUGCUUUAAACGCAAGAUGAAAAAGUAAUAGUUGGAAGGGUUUUUCUCUACACAUUUGCUGUUGAGCGUGUUUCAGCCGAGAGCUGUGGCCUUGGGGUAUAGCGAUGCGGAAUGCGACAAAAAAAUGUAUAGAAAUAUAGCUGGCCACGACACAUCGCGUCACUUGUAGCAUCGCGAAAGCCGUGGCCCUCGGGUAAGGGUCGGUUACUAAUUUACAUUGAACCCUGUGUAAAGUUUCGAUAAGGCCGGCCGCCUAUUGGAUGAGAUUGUGUUGAGAAAAAAAAAGUUUUAAAAUAUGAAUUAGUACGCAAGCUUGUUUUAACCAUUGUAUGCCCGACUUUAACUUUUUUGCGCGGUAAGAACUGUAUGUGUUUCUUAAUUAUUUCGUUCGCGUGACGCGACGUCAGUUAGAUUGGUAUACCUAGUGCAGGGCUUAGGGCACGCAAGGCUGCUGUAAGAAUGGUAGGCUAUUACAAAUAUUAAAAAAAAAAUCGUUCUUUAUUCGAGCUUGUUUAAGUCGGUGUAUGCCCGACUAGACAUUAACCUGUCCAGGGUACUUAUAAUUGGGCUUGUUUGCGAGCUAUGUUGCAUUUUACACUGGCGGGAUGCAAUGGGUUCCGGGAGAGAGCUUGAGAUGAUACCCCCAGGUGUAACCACUUCAGAACGAACGGGUCUUUACUGGUUUCUGGGAACCUGAUGCAGUGGUAAGCGAGUGUGGUCUCAUAAAUGGAGAUUACUGGUUCGAUCCCCAGAGCGGCCCAUUUGGCUUUCAUGAUUAUUAUUUUUUUUUCGAUUUGGUGGAUCACUUCGGCCACAAACACAAACAAAAGCCUCUAUCUAGUUACCACCUUACCGGUUUCACGCCAAGGUUUAGCGUUCCGGUACGAUGAUGAUAGGAACUGAUUGAGGUGCGAUAGCCAAGCUCGUCAGCCCGCUACUGUCAUAGACUGCAUCAGCACUUACCGCCAGGUGGGAUUGUAAUUAAGAGUAGAGAUUGAAAAAAAGGUUUCUGCACAGAUGUCCCGAUAAAGAUAAUAAUAAAAGAGAGAAAAAAAAACUACAUAUCUCGAAGGCAAUAAAUAGUUUUUAUCGUAUUUACGGACCCAGUUUAAUAGAGAUUCGCGUACAGCGUAAUUGGCACCAAUGUACAAGUUUGUUUACAUUCUGAAUCCCAUCUCGCUGGCUGUUGUUUAAAAAUUCGUAUCCAAUAUGCUGCCGGCCUUAUUACUAAAGGAUAAGGAUCAAUUUAGAUUGGCACUCUCAGCUUGCAUAUUGGCUAGGUAAGACUCAAGUUGGUCCAAGACUGUAUGUGGCCGCACUGUUAGAAUGUUAUAACACUAUCAUAUACUUAUCAUUUAUGUACGAUAGCUUUUUAUUACCAUGAAAUUUAAAUAUUUUUAUUCAUUUAAUAUCUCUAUCAAGGUCAUAUGUUUACGUAUGAAUACCGAUCGCUAGUCAAGGUUAGAUAGUAAAACCAGAACAGGAGUUUUUUUUUAUCUUUAUCACCAAAGUGUCCAGAAGUGAAGUCCAGGAUUUUCUCCCUACGUUUGCUUAAUCAAUGGCGAAGUCGAAUGUUAUCUACGAAAUAUAUUGUCUCCUAGUUGCGCAAUCUAGAUACAAAACUUGGAUACAGCGUUACCUUAUUAAUAGUUGUUAAUUUUCAUGCGACCGAAUAAGUGAAUGUAGAUAGACAAUCUCGCACUAGGCUCUUGAACUGAAUGAAAAUAUUCAAAAGACGCACGUUUUCUCGAAAACCGUGUUAGAAACGCGCUUAUAUAAUUUCAGGAGUUUCAGGAGUGAUUAUUCAAUAGAAAACAUACUAUGGACGUACUUUUUUAUUUCCAAAUGUAAUAUCGGUCCAAUUACUGAAAAUGCGAUUAAAGUUGUUAUGUCAAGGUCAUCCACAAAAGAUGGACAGUUUAAUGAAGUAAUUCAUCAUUUUCGGUGUGUUAAAAUAAACACACGUCUUAAAUAAGACAUUUCACGCCUUUGUCGAACUAAGCUCUCGAGGAUAACUGGAAGUUUUUUAUAAAAACCUACUUAUUUUAUUUUUUUAUUGGUAGGUUUGCUUAGUUCUCAAAUUUUCUGGGAAAAAUUCCCAAAAAAAAAAAAAACAUACAUAAGCGUGAGGCCACACUGAUGAAAUGUCGCGUAAAUAAGUCAGCUGAUAUAUUUUUAACAUAAAUGACAGGGAAAAUAAAAUUCAGUUACGUUUUUUAAAAAUUGCUUGCAUGAAGCAAGAAUAGAUAUGGGGUGUAAGACUAGUGAGCAAUGCAUUUAUAUAAGUAAACUCAUGAUAUUAAAUUAAAUGCCAUGCAUUUUACGACUGAUUUGUAUCUCAAGAUUAGAAUACUACCCGAUAUUCUAAGUUUUAUAACAGAUAAUCAGACAAAGUUAAGCGAAAACGUUUUAACCCAGAAAUCCACCCAGCUUCGACACCUUGAAUUAUUUCAGAUAUAAAAAUAUAUUUGAGCGAAGGCAAUGAGCCUUGGUCGUAAUAGGAUAGCAUUCGGGGACUCCCGGAAUCUAAAGAAUUACGAAAUUACUUUUUAGAUGUAUAAAAAAACAAUAAAAAAAACAUGUGGCUAGUAACACAGUGAUAAGCUAAUUUACAAGUGAUAUUAAUUUGCUGAUAUUUUUACAUAUGAAUAUACACGCUGAACUAUGAACAUAUCACCGCUUGUGGGGUCCCAUCCAACAAUGAAAACGAUUAAUUGUGGAUAGAAACGUUUUCGCAUAUCUAUGGCCUAUUUAUAGUGUGAUGAUUUGUGAUUCGAAGUCGCUUAGAAACGUCUCGUAAAACAACCAAGAAACAAUAGAAAGCAACGCUCAGUUUAAUACGAAAGGUGCCUUCGAUAUUGUCCUAUUAUUUAAAAAAAAACGGUGCUAAUUAGGUGUUGGAAUUUGAAAUUUAAUUUCAAGGCAGAAGAGUACAAAUUGAAUGUAUUUUACGGCGGUUAUAGGUUAGGAGUCAGUCGUCAAUGAAUUAUCACUUCUGCAUUUUCACGUCCUAGCCAAUAUGUACGCAUCGAGAAGGGUGUUGUUUUUUUCUCUACUGUCAACUAUUCGCACAGAUUUUGAUUGGUAUUCCAUACAUUGUUAUAAUAAAAAAUUAUUCGAUAUAAUUGAUCAAUAGAAUAGAUUUUGUUGUUUUAAUCGAAUGUUUCAUCCAUCACGAAAGAUAGGUCUGGCGAAUAGUUGACAUUACUGAGAUAGGGUUGGCACAUAAUAUAAUAAUAAUAAAUAAAAUAUUUAAUAAUAAUUACUGCAUUUAUAUCGCAAAUCCACGAUUUAUGAAAUAAUAAUAAAAUGUCUAGCUUUUUUGUUCCGCUAAAUUAAUGUAAGCGAAUAUAAAUUAAUAUAAAAAAAAAAGAAAAUUAUUAUUAUUGUCGCUUAACGUUCCUCAUGUUUGAUGUGUGAGAGAAAAAUAAUAUUUUCAUAUAAAAUUAAACAAUAACAAUAAAUGUUCAUUGCGUAGUUGGACUUAAGAAAGGGGUUUAUCAUUUCAUUAUCCAAGGGAUAGUUCAAGAGCCGUCGUUAAAAUGAAUAACCCGGCUUUUAUGUUUGUGAAAGAUUUACAAACAUAACGCUGAACUUAAAUGUGACCAUUUUGGUCGCGCGGUUUAUUACGCUAUCGUUGAUGUGACGAUGUUAUGAGUUAAGAAAGGGCACAGUCUUUUUGAAUCGUCAUGCUAACAUUGAUAUGAACGUAUACGAAUUGAAUAUACCAAUAGUUAGGACCUAUACCUAUUUAUCUGGUACAUUCAAUAAGUAUAGAACAAUCUAGCAAUGCGAAUAUCCUAUCCAAGCAAGGCGAUAAAAUUAAGAUCGGUUACUUGAUCGCUGUUACAAUUUAGAUGUUUGAAUCAAUGGUAUUUUUUUUCUUGUGGACUCUUGGACUAUUCAUCAACUUUGAACGUCAUUAAUAGGUUGUGUAUAGGAACGCUGUGCUAAACAGUGUGUAUUACAAUAAUUAUUUAAAUUAAGUUUUAUUUAUUGUGAUGUUUUUAUUAUUAUUAUUAUUAAAAUAAUAAUUUUGGCUUUAGACAUGUUUAUUUGUGAUUUUCAACAUGGAAGUUAUAUAACUUAUAACAUAGACAAAGGGUAGAUUGUACACCAAAAAUGUGUGAAAAAGACGACAUUUAAAAUUAUGUGGAUUAUCCAAUAUUUUAAAAUGAAAAAGAAAGAAAUUGAAUUAUAGCGUGCAAUAGAUUUGCUUUUUUUGCUCGUCGUUUUAGAUGGCGCAGCAACUAUUUUGAUGAAUAUAUGUAAUGGUGUUCACACACAUGCUUUACAUUAAGUUAUAUAACAUUACAAUAUUGCGAAGUUAUGAAUUGUUACCAUGUUAUAUCACGUUAUAUAUGAACAAUAAAUAUUAUUAAGACAUUUUGAAACAAAAUGUUACAAUGAGUUAAUUAAUGCUAUUUCCUUAUAUAAGUUUUGUGUGGGAGCGCCAUUAUGUAGUAUACAGUUAAACGAAGUCACGGACAAAAUGCUAGUAAGAAAUGUUAGUCUCGUUUUUAAAAUGUACCUAUAACUAAUAUCUGAAUAAGACUUAUUUAGCUUUGAAAUACUAGGCAAGUAUGAAAACUGUACUGUUUAUAGACCUAAAUAAAGAAUUGCAUAUUUAAGACGA